CGCUCCUGAGAGCUAACAUGUGUCAUUUCCAAAACACCCUGAAGAAUGAACGUCUUCCACUGAAAGGAAGAGAAAUCGCAGCGCCUCCUGCAGGCAACUUGAGUUCCUCGGCAACAGUCAGACUGCAGAGCGCAGCUCUGCCUCCUCACCGUCACCACCCCUCGGAAACUCCUCGGGGACUCCAAUCCCCUGAAGUCCCCGAGCCCUGCGGGCGAGGGGCUGGAGGCGAGCUGCCACCCGCCGGAGGCCUGCGCCCUUCCCGGCGCCUGCACGCGGAUGCUCCAGUCAGGCGCGGCGCCGCCGCCACCUCCGCCUACCGUGCCCAGAAAGGUCGUACUGGACAUUGCGUAGACAAAAACAAUCUGAUUAACUUCCUGACGGAUAGGCGUAAACAAAAUUUCAGUAAACAAGAAAACCUUAUACACCUGCACUCGGCUCCGGGCCAGUGACGUCCGGACAGGAGCUGGACAACUCACUGCACAGCCCGGCUGCCUCUCCUAGGCAUAGAGGUAAAGCGCCCUCCAACGGUCACUGCUACUUCACCUCGCGGUUAACGGGGCCGUCACCCUAGCCACGCCCAGGCUCGCGAGAGUAAGAACAGGACCAAAGAGGUCCCCGGAACCAAACUUCCUUACCUACUGUUCCCACACGGAAAGAUCCGAAGGACCAACCGGAAGUCCUGGUUCAAACGCUCCACGGAGAGCAUCCUGGGGACCGGAAGGAGAUGAAACUGUCGCGUCCGACUGGAGCGCCGGCAAGACGAGCGUGGUGAGAGAUCGCGUGGCUGUUACAGCGGCGUGUUGUUGGAGCGUGUGGCUCGUGCGCCGAGGUCAGAGGUGGCUGAAAGCCUGACGUCGGUGUAGAAGCAGAGACCGCGAACUAUGGUGGGAAGGUCCGGGCGGCGCGCGCGCGGAGCGGCCAAGUGGGCAGCGGUGCGAGCUAAGGCAAGUCGCGGCCCAGAGGACGAAAAUGGAGAGGACUUAGAAUCUCCACCCUCACCGGGGGACUCGAGCUACUACCAGGAUAAGGUAGAUGAUUUCCAUGAGGCCCGAUCUCGGGCCGCCUUGGCUAAGGGCUGGAGCGAAAUAGAGAGUGGGGACGAGGAGGAUGGCGAUGAGGAGGAGGAGGUGCUUGCCCUAGAUGUUGCCGAUGAGGACGAUGAAGAUGGAGAAAGUGAAGAGGGUGACGAUGAUGAUGAUGGUGGGAGCUCCGUGCAGAGUGAGACUGAGGCUUCUGUGGAUCCCAGUUUGUCGUGGGGUCAGAGGAAAAAACUUUACUACGACACGGACUAUGGCUCCAAGUCCCGAGGCCGGCAGACUCAACAAGAAGUAGAGGAAGAGGAGAGAGAGGAGGAGGAGGAGGCCCAGCUCAUUCAGCGGCGCUUAGCCCAAGCCCUGCAGGAGGACGAUUUUGGAGUUAGCUGGGUGGAGGCUUUUGCAAAACCAGUACCUCAGGUAAAUGAGGCUGAGACACGUGUCGUGAAGGAUUUGGCGAAAGUUUCCGUGAAAGAGAAGCUGAAAAUGCUGCGAAAGGAAUCUCCAGAGCUCUUGGAGCUGAUAGACGACUUGAAAGUUAAGUUGACAGAGAUGAAGGAUGAGCUGGAGCCGUUGAUACAGUUAGUGGAGCAAAAGAUCAUCCCCCCUGGAAAAGGAAGCCAAUACCUGAGGACCAAAUACAAUCUCUAUUUGAACUAUUGCUCCAACAUUAGUUUUUAUCUGAUCCUGAAAGCUAGGAGAGUCCCUGCACAUGGACAUCCUGUCAUUGAAAGGCUUGUUACCUACCGAAAUUUGAUCAACAAGUUGUCGGUCGUGGAUCAGAAGCUGUCCUCUGAAAUCCGUCAUCUGCUCACACUUAAAGGUGGUGCUGGAAAGAAAAAACUGAAUUUAAAAGCAAAAUCCAUGAAGGCCAAGUCAAAAUCAGUUUCAGAGACUUCUGCUGCUGCCUUAACUGUUCCAGACCUUUCUGAUGAUUCUGAUUUUGAUGAAGAAGCGGCACUGAAAUACUAUAAAGAAAUGGAAGAGAAACAAAAAUUAAAGAGAAAGAAAGAAGAAAAUAGUACCGAAGAACAGGCUCUUGAAGAUCAAAAUGCAAAGAGAGCCAUUACUUAUCAGAUUGCUAAAAAUAGGGGACUUACACCUAGGAGAAAGAAGAUUGAUCGGAAUCCCAGAGUGAAACACCGGGAGAAGUUCAGAAAAGCCAAAAUUCGCAGAAGAGGCCAGGUUCGUGAAGUUCGUAGGGAAGAGCAACGUUAUACUGGUGAACUUUCUGGCAUUCGUGCAGGAGUUAAAAAGAGCAUUAAGCUUAAGUAAAGAUUUUGCUUAGCUUAAGUCUUUUGGCAAUAAUUUUGGAUCAAUAAAUUUAUCUUUAACUGGU